AUGGGUUUGGCCGGCCCCAAAAACAAAACCAAAAUCUCCCAUGAUCCCAACAACACCAAAUGGGCCCGGUCCACGUCCGGCUUUGGCCACAAAAUCAUGAGUGCUCAGGGCUGGGCCCCUGGUGAUCGAUUGGGUGCCAAAGAUGCGGCGCAUGCGGAACAUCUGACCUCGGCCAGUCUGACCCACAUCAAGGUCACUCUCAAGGACGACACACUCGGGUUGGGUGCUCGCUUGAGCCGUGAAGGCCAACCCACGGGCCUGGAUGCAUUCAAGGGAUUGCUGGGUCGACUGAACGGCAAGAGUGAGGAGGAAUUGACCCGCGAACAACGGAAGAGAGAUGAUGUGCACCUCGCCCGUUAUGUGGCGCUCAAGUUCCCGGAGGUGCGAUUUGUGCGUGGUGGUCUCUUGGCUCAGGAAAAACUCCAGCGGUUGCCCGACCCGGCUCCCAAGAAAGAAACCAAGGAUGUGGCCAGCGACAGCGACUCCGCCGAGAAUACCGAAUCUGCGCCCGAGAAAUCUUCCAAAUCCAAAUCAAAGUCCAAGGAGAAGUCCAAGGAAAAGUCUUCGAAGAAAUCCUCCAAAAAGUCUCGGUCUCAGUCCGAUGAGGCAGACAGCUCAUCAUCGGAUAAGAAGAAGAAGUCGAAGAAGUCAAAGAAGAGAAAGGCGGACGAUGACGAGGACAGUGAAUCCGAGACCAAGUCCAAACGCCGUGCUUCCUCUCCCGACGACAAGGUUUCGAGCAAGAUUCAAGCUACAGUAUCCACGGUAUCGGCUAUUCCCUUGGGCGAACGUCGGCCCAUUGGGAGACAAGUAUUCCGCGGGCGGCAUAUUGCACAGAAAAAACGUGCUCUCAUGGACGACAAGUCGCUCAAUGAGAUCUUCAUGGUCAAGGCAUAG